AUGGCCACUGUUAUGCAAAUUUCUGUAGGAGAAACACAAGAGGACUUUGCUGAUUUUAUUCUAAUGGCAUGGGGUUUUUGGUUUAGGAGGAACAAAAUGAUCCAUGAACUUGUUAAUCUUCCACCCAUGCAAGUUAUGGAUUUUUUUUUCUCAAAAAAGGGUAUGCAGUCAGCUGGUCUGCAGAUACAAGGUCCCUCCAAGUCUGUGAUUUACAGGUGGUCCCCUCCCCCAACUAAUUGGUUCAAGCUAAACUGUGAUGGUGCUUUGUUCUUUAACCAUAAUAAAACUGGUAUCGGGGCUAUUCUUAGAGAUUCUCAUGGAUUUGUUUUGAUGGCUCUUAGUAGAGGGGAAGAGGAAUUUUUGGAACCAGAAAUUGUAGAGGCCACAGCUGUGUUGAGGGGAUUGCAAUUCUGUCUAAACAUUGGAAUCCAAAAACUUGAGAUUGAAAGUGAUUGCAAACACUUGGUUGAGGAGGUCAACAAUGAAGCAGCUUCUUAUACAUCUAUAAGAACAAUUAUUACUGAAAUUAGAAGACUAAUGUAG